AUGGAGCGAAUGGCUGAGUUCAUGAUGGCUCAGCAAGUUCAGAACCAGAAUCAGGGACAGCCACGGGUCGAUAUCGCUAAGUCUAUAGCAAAUCGGCAACCGCCAUACUACGCCGGGGAAAAAGACCCGGUGAUCUUAGAAGAGUGGAUUCGGACGUUUGACAAGUUACUUAACGCAGUGAAUUGUCCUGCGAAUCAGCGAGUGCCUUCUGCAGUGUACUACUUGACGAAAGCUGCUGACAACUGGUGGUCAACAGUUGGACCUGAUCUACUACAAGACCCAGGGUUUGGCUGGGAAGAAUUCAAGGUAGAAUUGCGAGGGCAAUUUUAUACCGAGCGCAUAAAAGGGAUUAAAUGCGAGGAGUUUCUUCGACUGAAACAGAAGGGAGCAACAAUUCAAGAAUACCAUGAUCAAUAUGUGGAACUAAUGCGUUUUGCUCAGGAAAUUGUACCUGAUGAGGCAAGCAAGGCGAGAAGAUUUGUUCGAGGGUUGGAUUGGAGCAUAAGAGGAAUGAUCGCGCCUUUCAUGUGCUCUACUUUGAAGGAAGCAUAUGAUAGAGCCUCAGAUCAUUAUCAAGUAUACCUGGAUCAGCAGGAGGUUUACGGCCGAAACAAAAGAAAAGCUAAUAAUAAACCACAGAGGUUCUCGGCAGUAAACAAGAAAGUGAACCUAGGAAGCUUUACUCCAACAACUGGAAUGAGAAGGGAAGGAACCAAUUGGGGAAAUCGUUCUGCUUGUCGAUGGUGUGGGAGGAAUCAUCCCGGGGAGAAUUGUCAAGGGAUGAAGGUUAAAUGUUACAUCUGUGGUCGUUUGGGGCACAAAUCUUUUGAGUGUCAAAGUCGAGUAGACAGCCCGCAGAAACCUCUGCAGCAUGAGAACCAAGAGAGGAGAUUCAACGGGAAUAAUGGUCAAAGGCCUGCUGGGACAGAAAUGAGGCGAACUAAUUUCCAACCAGCAAAUCUGGGAAGACCUAUGAACACCACACCGAAUUCCAAUCAUAAAGGAAAACAAGUGAUCGGAGAGAGCAGUACCGGGAAUCAAGGCAGGAUCUACGUCGUCAACAGCGCUCAGGCUCAAGCUGGCGACGCCGUAACUGGUACAUUUUUCAUAAAUUCAGUACCUGGAUUAGUGCUAUUUGACACAGGAGCUACCAACUCGUUUAUAUCAUCUACAUUUGCUGAUAGAUUGAAUUUAAAGCCUACUAUUGAGUUAGAUCUAAAUGUCAAAACUGCCUCAGGAAUAAUAGUAGCCUGUAGAGAUGGUUACGAGAACGUUAUAAUAGAAAUAGCCGGAGUUAAUUGUCCCGGAAACCUCGUUCGUUUCGAACUAGAGGGCAUUGAUGUAGUGCUCGGGAUGGAUUGGUUAAAUAAGUACAAAGCACAGAUCGUGUGCAAUGAGCGAAAAGUCGUCCUACGAGGACCGAAAGGAAAGAGAAUAAUCUAUCGAGGAAUUGACAAGCAACCUGAGCCAAGGUUGUUGACAACACAGAAAUUGAAGAAGUACGCGCACCAGGGAUGUGAAGUAUAUCUCUGCUUAGUGCAAGGUAUCGAAGGAGAAGAACUGGAGAUCGACCGAAUUCCGAUCGUACGCGAAUUUCCUGAUGUAUUCCCUGACGAUCUUACGGAGAUGCCACCAGAAAGAGAAGUGGAAUUCACCAUUGAUUUGAUACCAGGAAUCUCAUCAAUCUCGAAAGCACCUUACCGAAUGGCACCUAAGGAAAUGGAGGAACUGAAGAAGAAGGAUGGGAGUCUGAGGCUGUGCAUUGAUUAUAGGGAACUUAAUCGAGUCACAAUAAAGAACAAGUACCCGUUACCUAGGAUCGAUGACUUGUUCGACCAGCUGAAAGGAGCGGGCGUAUUUUCAAAGAUUGAUUUACGGUCGGGGUAUCACCAAGUGCGAGUUGCAAAAGAGGAUGUGCCUAAGACGGCGUUUCGAACAAGAUAUGGGCACUAUGAAUUUACGGUCAUGCCAUUUGGAGUGACUAAUGCCCCAGGAACAUUCAUGGAUUUGAUGAAUCGAAUUUUCCUCCCGUAUCUGGAUAAAUUCGUUGUCGCUUUUAUAGAUGAUAUCCUAGUCUAUUCAAAGACACCGGAGGACCAUGAGAAACAUCUUCGGAUAGUGUUGCAGACAUUAAGAGAAAAGAAACUUUUUGCGAAAUUGUCAAAGUGCGAAUUUUGGAAGAGAGAAGUCUCUUUUCUUGGUCACAUAAUCACUGAGGAAGGGAUAGCGGUAGACCCGACCAAAAUACGGGCAGUAAUUGAAUGGGAAGCGCCCAAAUCAAUUACAGAAAUUCGCAGUUUCUUAGGUUUAGCGGGUUAUUAUCGAAGAUUCGUUCAAGAUUUUUCCAAGAUAGCUAGACCGCUAACAAACCUGCUCAAAAAGACGACCAAGUAUAAUUGGAGCGAAGAAUGUGAACAGGCAUUCCAAGAACUUAAGAAAAGGUUAACAACUGCUCCAGUGUUGACCUUACCGGUUGGGACAGAAGGAUAUGAGUUGUACACUGAUGCAUCUCAUAAAGGACUUGGAUGCGUCUUAAUGCAAAAUGGAAGGGUAAUAGCUUAUGCUUCUCGUCAAUUAAAAUCUCAUGAAGUUAAUUACCCGACACAUGAUUUAGAAUUAGCAGCGGUAGUGUUUGCUCUCAAAAUUUGGCGACACUAUCUCUAUGGGAUCUCAUGUAAAAUUUUCACGGACCACAAGAGUUUGAAGUAUAUCUUCACUCAGAGAGACCUUAAUCUAAGACAAAGAAGGUGGUUGGAGUUGAUUAAAGAUUAUGACUUGGAAAUUCAAUACCAAGAGGGUAAAGCAAACAAGGUGGCUGAUGCUUUGAGUCGAAAAUCAAACCACGCUCUUUGGAUAUUACCCGAACAACUAUGUAAGGAUUUUCAAAGACUCAAUCUGGAGGUAAAAAUGAGUGGACAGGUGGAAGAAGAAAUGAAAUUAUAUUAUAUGUCUGCUACUCUAACCUUAUUUGAAGAAAUUAAGCAAGCACAAGUAGAGGAUGAUUGGAUAAAGAACAUCAAGGAAAAGAUGGUUAAGGCAGAAAGAAGUAAACUGAAAGGAUUACUGCAACCAUUAGAGAUUCCGCAAUGGAAAUGGGAUUCAAUCUCUAUGGAUUUCGUGGGAGGAUUGCCUAGAACUAAGUCUGGAAAUGAUCAAGUGUGGGUCAUUGUAGAUCGAUUGACCAAAACAGCAAGAUUCAUUCCAAUGAACAAGGCAUGGUCAAUGGAAAAGUUAGCGAAAGCGUAUAUUAAACACGUGGAUGUGACUUUGGAUGAGAACUUAUCAUAUGAAGAGAAACCGGUAAAAAUCUUGGAUACUAAGACCCGAGAUACCCACAGAAAGUCCAUAAACAUGGUAAAAGUGUUAUGGUCAAACCAUUUGGUGGAAGAAGCCACAUGGGAGUUGGAAGAGGAAAUGAGAAGACGAUAUCCAACUUUAUUUGAGCAAGGUAAAAGAUAA